ACCGGGUCCUGGCUGGUGAUUCCUGGCUGGCACUCGGUAAUCGUCAGGAAAGUUGACAGGGGAGAGACCUUAUGGACAUGCUGCUUUGUAUCUCUCUGCACAGCAGAGAAAUACAAAGCAGCAUGUCUCCCAAGUAAAACAGCACACAAUGUAAAACACACACAGCACACAGUUAACCCUUUGAUCACCCCAGAUGUUAACCCCUUCCUGCCCAGUGUCAUUAGUACCAUGUCAGUGCUUUUUAUUAGCACUGAUCACUGUAUUAGUGUCACUGGGGAUGUCAGUGACAGUCAGUUCCCCCCUGUGUAAGAA